AUGAAUACAGAUUCAUCGUCUGUGAAUAGACACUGUUCGAAUGAUGUAUUAACACAAGCAUUGGGUACGAAAGAGCACAAUGGUCGUGUGCAUGGGGUUGGUGGAUACGUUACUCCAACAACGUACUUUCAUUCAGUUAAGAAAACAUCAAAAUAUGAGGUAAACAUUCUAGUUGAGAAUGAAGAACUCCGUAGGCGAGUUAGUGAAUUAGAGGCACAAAUUCGCUCAAACUUAUCUACACCAUUGUCUGCACACGGGAGUUGUUCAAGGCCAAUAGUGUUAGAGGGGAUUGAAGAGAAGGGUAAGAGAAUAGAAGUGGAAUCGUUGGACAAACCAAAACAUAAGGAAAAGAAAGGGAAGGAGGUGAUGAAGAUGAAUGAACCAGAGUUGGACGUCUUGAAGGAGAGGGACUUAAUAAAAAUGUCUACAGAAAAAGAAGUUGUAUGUGAAUCGACAUCAACUUUGCCAUUAGCGUUGAAGUCGAUUCUCAGAUAUGCUGAGAAGGUAAUGGAGAAAGAUUCCAGCAUCACUUUUUCACUACCCGCUGACCUUUUUGGCGUUAGUCGAAAGACUUCUGUGCUUCGAGAGGAUAUCGUUGAUCUUUGUAACAUGAACGAAGUGAAAACGUUUACAUUGGUGGCCUAUAUGAUGUACUUGUAUUCAUCUGUUAGUGAUUCGAAAGAAAAUAUGCAGUAUGUCUUUGUAGAUCCGUCCCUAAUCUCUUCUGGAAACACACAAGAAUCUCGAAUUCGAAACUUGUGUAGUAGAUUGAUGGUGUCCAAACCCGACCAAGUAGUUCUUGCUCUUUUUAAUCUCGGUUAUUAG